AUGAUCCUACGGAGCCUCCAUUUUCUGGCCGCCUUACUCCUGUCCUUCGCCCUGGCCGAUGUACAAGUCACUGGGCCCGCCGCCGGAGAUUCAAUUACUGGACUCUCGUUGGAUAUAGAAUGGAAGGACUCGGGAAAGACUCCUAAAAUUGCAGAUCUGGCUUCCUACCAGGUCUUCUUGUGCGCAGGUGGAAACUCGGACUCGAACUAUAUUCAACUUGCCACGCUUGUACAGAAUGGUGACUUCGCCGACGGCAACCAAGUCACCGUCACACUCACCGCUGGUCUGGGGGCUGAUGUGACAAACGCCUAUUUCUUGAAAUUCAUUUCGGCAGCCACAGGAGGCACCGUCAUCAACUUUUCAGACCGGUUCUCUCUGAAGAGCAUGACAGGUGUAUUCCCGGCGACAGUAAUAGCAGGGUUGAAGACGGUUACCGGUACAGCUGGACCUGCGGACGUCAACAACAUUCAAGCACCACAAGCGGGGGGCGGUCAAGACACUCCCGGUGUAGGAAACGAUGCUCCAGAGUACAGUGUCCCAUAUACGCUGCAGACAGGAAGCAUUCGCUACGCGCCAAUGCCCCCUAUGGCCAAAUCCAAAAUUACCGCAAAGGCUGCCUCUCGACAAUGGCCCACAAGUUCGUAUACCGUCUAUCAGACGAUCGCUGGACCGCCAAACGCGGCUACUACGCAGACAGCAACGUUGACAUUCCAAACUACGAGCAGGGAAGCGACAGUUGCUGCUGCAGGCCAGCCCAGCGACUCCGCAAUGCAGAAGUUCCUGAACCGGUGGAAGGAUUAA